CAUCUAAUCGUGGAGGUGGAACCACGGAGAACUCGCGGGAGAAUAGAAAUAAAUGAAGAUUUGAAGUGACAUGCAGUAAGUGACACAACUCCGCCUCGAAUGUGCUUUGACUCCGGGCAAGGAUCGUCUGUCCAGCUGAGAAGGGAGUCUCGCAAUGCAAUCGGGAUGGAUCGGAACGAGACGGGGAUAAUCUGGGCGAGAAUCAAGGAGGUUGGACGUCUAUUUUACUUGGUGGAUCCGUGGGAAACUUCCUUCGAGAAGCCAGAGCAGGUUCCAGACUAUAUCUCUCAGGCGGUUCCGUAUUUCGUUCUGGGGAUCGUCUUGGAAGAAGUGAUCCGAUGGAAGCAAGGAAAACCCCUAAUUCCAUUGAAAGACAGCAUAGUCUCCCUAGCCUCUGGAUCCCUCAUGGAAAUCGUACGCGCGCCCCAGCACCUAACAACGCACUCCGCUCAUCAUCUGCAUAAAGGCUACGCGCUUGAGGAAUGA